UGAUAUCAUUGGCUCACAGUAAUAGCGCGGGUUUGUAAAUACCGAAAGCCGGAGCGGCGGUAUAUGUUACAUGAAGCGCUGUUUCUACGAGACAGCGAACACGAUCGAGUACAGACACGAGACGGAGAACGUUAACGGACAGAAAGGAUCUGUGGAAAGGAAGUGAAGAGGCGGUUGUAACCGGUGUGACUUCACCGAUCGUCCGUUAGCACUCGAGCUAAAGCGAAGCGCGCCGUGUUGUCGUCAACUUCCGAAUCGAGAUGAGCUCUUCCCGGGAGAUGAAACAGCUGCAGAAGGCGAAGAGCAAAGCCCAGAACAGCAGCAACCUGAAAGAGGAGGCCAGCAUCUGCAACCAGCUGGGAGAGCUGCUGUCCAGACACGGUGAUUUUGAAGCUGCCAUCAGGGAACACCAGCAGGAGUUGACGCUCUCUGAGGCGCUGAAUGACGUGAUUGGACGAGCCGUGGCCAAUCGUAAGAUAGGAGAGUGCUAUGCGGAAAUGGGAAACAUUGAGGCUGCUUUGAAACACCAGCAGUGGCACCUGGACCUGGCUCGGUCUGUUAGAGAUCACGCAGAAGAGCAGAGGGCGCUUGCUACGAUUGGUCGAACCUACCUCUUCCGUUAUGAAUCGGACCAGUCGAGGAAGAGUUUAGAGAAAGCUGAGGACGCCUUCAGAAAGAGCCUGUCCAUCGUGGAUGACCGCCUGGAAGGGAUGGUGCCGAGGCGAGAGAUUAGCGAGAUGAAGGCUCGCCUGUUCCUCAAUCUUGGUCUGGUGUGUGAUCAUCUGGGGGAGCCCAAACGCUGCAGCGAGUUUAUCCGACGAAGUGUCUUUAUUGCUGAGAAGAGCCAGCUCCUGGAGGAUCUGUACCGUGCAAACUAUAACCUGGGCAACAUCUACUUUCGUAACGGUCAACACUCCAACUCUGUGCGCUGCCUGGAACAAGCAAAAGAGUGUGCCAGGAAGAUUAAAGACAAGUUCAGUGAGAGCGAGUGCUUUCACUGCAUCGGCAAGGUGCAGCUUUCUCUCGGUGAUUUUGUAGCGGCGAGACGAUCUCUGAAGAAAGCUCUCUUGCUGGGUUCCCAGCAGCCCCUGGACAGGCAGACAGUGAAGAAGGCUUUCAAAUAUGCUGACCAGGGUUGUAAAUUAGAGGAUGAGCUCGGGGAGGACCAGGGCAGUAGACUCAGCUCCCAUCAGGCCGUGGAGCUGGCGGAGCAGCUCGGGGACCUCUACUGCAAAAUUGGCUGCUACAGCAAAGCUCUGGAUGCCUAUCACGCCCAACUCAAGGGCGCCGAGGCUCUGGGAAAGGCUGCUCGGGAGCUGGCUGUCAUCCACGUGUCCCUGGCCGCCACCUACACAGACCUGAGGCAGCACGACAGGGCGGUGGAACACUACAGACAGGAGCUGGCUUUACGACAGGGCAGCUCCUCUGAGGAAUGUAGAACCUGGAUAAACAUCGCAGCUGCUCAGGAGGAGAGCGGCUCUGUCUCCCAGGAUACAGACAGCUGUUACAGUACAGCUUUACUCUGCGCUCAGAAGUCUGGGCAGGCCAGACUACAGAAACGUGUGUUGAGACUCUGGUUGGCGUCUCAGAGACGGCGCGGCUCAUCGGAUGCCGAUGACACUGAGGCGAGGCUACAGGAGCUGUGUGCUGCAGAGGGCUGGAGUCCAGAGGGGAGUGAUGGCGAGGAGGACGAAGAUGAGGAGAUGGACAACAGUGAGUCUCUGGAGGACAGCGACGUCAUCCUCUCGGAUUCAGAUGAUGAUAUGGAGGGUUAUGACAAGAUGGUGUCAGGAAGGAGGAAGGCAGGAAGGUGGAACAAGAGGAAUGAGAAGGGUGAGACGUCUCUCCACAGAGCAUGUAUAGAUGGGAACCUGAAGCAGGUCCAGUAUCUGGUAGAGCAGGGUCACCCAGUGAACCCCAGAGACUACUGUGGUUGGACUCCCCUGCAUGAGGCCAGCAACCACGGUCACUAUGACAUUGUAGCCGUGUUGCUGGAGCACGGCGCUAAUGUCAACGACCCUGGCGGCCCCUUGUGUGAGGGAGUGACUCCUCUUCACGAUGCCCUCGCUUGUGGCAAUUUGCAGGUUGCAAGGCUCUUGGUGGAGCGAGGGGCAUCCGUCACCCAGCGCAACUCCAAGGGUAAUACGGCCAUGGAUACCCUGCGUCAGUGGCAGAGGACGUACAGCAGAGAGCUGGACCAAGAAACCAAACAGGAGUGCGUCGCAACAGAGAGGCUGCUGAGGAAGUCACAGUCAGGGGGAGGUGAGGCCGUUACAUCAUCUCACCAUGUUAGUGUGCCCGCUGCUCCGGCCCCAGCCAAGCCUUUCGAUGCCCUGCAGGACAGCCAGCUGUUUGAUGCAGAGAACUCGGAGCCACUGUCGUCCUCCGGAGGGGGCUGCUCCGUCGGCCAAGUCCAAACUCGACACAGCAGGAACUCAGAGGUGAAGGCACCGCCUGCCAGCCCCAAACGCUGGCAGAGCAACGGUUCAGCACAACGCCACAGAGCCAGAGGAACAGAGGCUGCCGUUCUGUAUGGGAAAAACAGCAUCUGCUCAGACGACAGCGACUCUGACAGCCCCGUCAGUCCUCUCCGUCCCGUCCGCCCUAGACACAGUUUCCCAGCAGCCUCCAGUCAAAAUGAAGUUCCACCAAACAAAGAAACCAGCUCCGUCCCCGCCUCAGUCGGAGUCCGAGAGGAGCCUGCGCCGUCUGUCUUCGCACGACAGGAGUACCACAGUGCCAUUCGAGGCUUGGGCAGCGCCAAAAGUCAACUCCAGGGUCUGUCACAGCCCCAGUUCUCCAGCACACCCGCCGUAUCUUCCAGCAACAAAUCAGCUCUGGUCCCUGAAGAGGAGUAUCUGGCCGAUGACUGGCUGGAUGAUGAUUUGGGGGAAAUUCAGCCAAAGAAGAAGAGGAGGCUUCGAGUAGAGCAGAACGGGAUCAAUGUGGAGGACACUGCCUUGUUUUCAGCAGUCAGGAGUCAAACCAGGCACCUAAACUCUGACACAACCGACAGAGGUUCUGCAGUUCCCUCCUCCUCCAGCAGGAGUCUCUCUCAGAAAAAGAACGGCUCUCUGAGGCCUCACCAGGUAAAAAUGACUCAGAUGCCCGGGAUGGUGAGGUUGGGCAGACGAGAGGUCAACAGGUCACACAGCCCCACCGCCACAGACGAUGACGACACGAGACCUGAGACGCCUCCACCUCCCCCACAGAUACGCACGCAGCCUCAAGCUCAAACAUUGGCUGCUCCCAUGCCCACAUCCCUGCCUCCACCAAUCAGGAUGAGGGUCAGAGUUCAGGAAGAUGUCUUCCUCAUCCCAGUUCCACAAAGUGACGCAGACUCCUGCAAGGUGUCGUGGCUGUGUGAGCAGGCCGCUCAGCGUUACUACCAGAAGUGUGGCCUCCUGCCUCGUCUCUCGCUGCAGAAGGAAGGCGCCCUCCUCUCCCCGCAGGACCUGCUGCUGGCUGUCCUGCACACCAAUGAAGAGGUUUUGGCUGAAGUGUGCUCCUGGGAUCUCCCUCCUCUCCCUGAACGCUACAAGAAGGCCUGCAUCAGCCUGGCAGUGGACGAGAACAGGCGUGUCACCCGGCUGUGUGAGGUGCAGGACGGGAGCUCCUCGGUGUCGGUGUGUGGCCUCAGCUUGGCCCCCUCUUCCCUCAACCCGCUGCUUCGUGCCCUGAAACUUCAGGCCAGCCUCACUGAGCUGCGGAUAUCCGGCAACCGCCUCCACGACAACCUGCUCCCCGAGCUGAUUGCCACGACCGUCACCAUGCCUCGGCUUCGACUGCUGGACAUUUCUGCCAAUCACAUUACAGGGGAGGGGCUGGGGAAGGCAGUGAAUGCUCUGAAAGGACAGAGCCAUCCUGCGUUUCCGUGCCUGGAGGAGCUGGACCUCAGUCUGAACCCUCUGGGCGACGGUGUGUCCGAGUCCCUGUCCUGUCUGCUGUCCUGCUGCCCUCUGUUAGCCAAGCUGUCUCUGCAGGCCUGCGGCCUCACGGCGCGUUUCUUACAGCAGCAUCGACUGCUGCUGGCUAGCGCUCUGACAGGGAUGGGCCACCUGAAAUCUGUGUGUCUAGCCCACAAUGCACUGGGCUCCACUGGCUUCGAGCUGGUGUUGAAGACUCUGCCUCUGCACUGCCUCACACACCUGGACCUGUCCGCCGUCCGCAGGGGUCCUGCGGAUUUCCCGGCACUCGAACACCUCGCCAAGGUCCUGUCGCAGGACGACUGCUCACUGACGCACCUGAGUCUGGCAGCAAACGGCUUAACGGACAGCAGUGUAGCCACCUUGGCCAGGUGCCUGCCUUCAUGUCCAUCGCUGCUGAGUUUAAACUUGUCAGGAAACUCGUCUCUCACCUCGGCAGGACUUCACAGCAUCCUGAACUCUCUCAUGGAGGCUUCUCGACCGUUGACCCUUCUAAACCUUCAAGGUUGUCCGGUGUCGGGCCCCUGGGACAGUGCAGGUCUGGAUGGUUUGCCAGAGCUGGUCAAGGAUCUCCGCCUUUGCUCUCAGGGACUCAACAAGCUGGACCGGCAGGCUCUGAAGCAGCGCUGGGAGAACAGUCAGCCACCCGGGCACUUCGUUGACCGAAAGGCCAAGUGCCUGCUCUCUGCUGCAGCCUCUUCGUGAAGAGCGCAAAAUGGAAUUUGGAUUCUUUUGUCGACGACACUUUAUUUUGAGCCAUUUGAAAUCUGUAUCAAACUUGUGUUUUUAUUAAUUCACAACAACGCAGAUUUUCUUUUUAGGUUUUGUUCCAUUAGCUAUGAAACUAAAUUACCAGUGACACUCCACACUCUGUAAAUAGCUCUUUUGUUUUACAUUUGUACUCCUUAUUUAUGUGUUAUAUAAAUAGUCGUAAAAACAGUUUGUGUUUAUGUCGUGAUGCAUCUUUGUCCUCAACCCACUGAAUUAUUGUAUGACUUGAUUCUUAAAAAUAACACAAUUAAAUUGACUCAUGAUG